AUGGAUGAAGUGAUUCCUGAAAUUUCAUCGACUGAUGCUUCUACUCCAUCAACUGAUGCUUCUACUCCAUCGACUGUUGCUUCUAAUACAUCGACUGAUGCCUAUACUCCAUCGACUUAUACUUCUACUCCAUCGACUUAUGUUUCUACUCCAUCGACUUAUGCUUCUACUCCAUCAACUUAUGCUUCUACUCCUUCUACUUUUGCUUCUACUCCAUCAACUGAUGCUUCUACUCCAUCGACUUAUACUUCUCCAUCGACUUAUACUUGUACUCCAUCGACUUAUACUUCUACUCCAUCGACUUAUACUUCUACUCCAUCGACUUAUGUUUCUACUCCAUCGACUGAUGCUUCUACUCCUUCUACUUUUGCUUCUACUCCAUCAACUGAUGCUUCUACUCCAUCGACUUAUACUUCCACUCCAUCGACUUAUACUGCUACUCCAUCGACUUAUACUUCUACUCCUUCUACUUUUGCUUCUACUCCAUCUACUGAUGCUUCUACUCCAUCGACUUAUACUUCUACUCCAUCGACUUAUACUUCUACUCCAUCGACUUAUACUUCUACUCCAUCAACUGAUGUUUCUACUCCAUCGACUUAUACUUCUACUCCAUCGACCUAUGUUUCUACUCCAUCGACUGAUGCUUCUACUCCUUCUAAUUUUGUUUCUACUCCAUCAACUGAUGCUUCUACUCCAUCGACUUAUACUUCUACUCCAUCGACUUAUACUGCUACUCCAUCGACUUAUAUUUCUACUCCAUCAAUUGAUGUUUCUACUCCAUCAACUAAUACUUCUACUCCAUCAGCUGAUGAUAUCGUCACAAAAAAUCUCAACACAACCUUUUUCUGAAUCUAAUAAUAUCACUAAUGAUUAUGAUAAUAUUACCGAAUCUCUUAUAGUUACGCUUUAACUAUUAACCAAACAUCAGAUACUUUCCUUACUUCCACAAAUGAUUUUAGUGAAACAACUUCUGAAUCUUCACAGAUGAUUGAGAUUGGACACGAGAACUUUUGAACUAUACCUUGAUUGUAAACCAAAUAAUUCACAAAUGAUUUUAGAGAGGUAAAAUCCGAAGUUUCUGAUA